AUGACCAAACUAUUGGGGACACAAAUCAACACGUCGAUGUUUGCAGACGAUGCAAACCUCCUCACGAGAAGAGUGGCGACAGAUGACGAUUGUAAAACACAUCUAGAAGACGUGGACAAUCUGCAGAGCUGGUCCGAUAAAUGGUUGCUGGAUUUCAACACCAGCAAGUGUAAGCCUCCUGUGCCGCACCCUACUGUGUCACAGCCUGCUGUGUCACAGCCUCCUGUGCCGCACCCUACUGUGUCACAGCCUGCUGUGUCACAGCCUCCUGUGCCGCACCCUACUGUGUCACAGCCUGCUGUGUCACAGCCUCCUGUGCCGCACCCUACUGUGUCACAGCCUGCUGUGUCACAGCCUCCUGUGCCGCACCCUACUGUGUCACAGCCUCCUGUGUCACAGCCUCCUGUGCCGCACCCUACUGUGUCACAGCCUCCUGUGCCGCACCCUACUGUGUCACAGCCUGCUGUGUCACAGCCUCCUGUGCCGCACCCUACUGUGUCACAGCCUGCUGUGUCACAGCCUCCUGUGCCGCACCCUACUGUGUCACAGCCUGCUGUGUCACAGCCUCCUGUGCCGCACCCUACUGUGUCACAGCCUGCUGUGUCACAGCCUCCUGUGCCGCACCCUACUGUGUCACAGCCUCCUGUGUCACAGCCUCCUGUGCCGCACCCUACUGUGUCACAGCCUCCUGUGCCGCACCCUACUGUGUCACAGCCUGCUGUGUCACAGCCUCCUGUGCCGCACCCUACUGUGUCACAGCCUGCUGUGUCACAGCCUCCUGUGCCGCACCCUACUGUGUCACAGCCUGCUGUGUCACAGCCUCCUGUGCCGCACCCUACUGUGUCACAGCCUCCUGUGCCGCACCCUACUGUGUCACAGCCUGCUGUGUCACAGCCUCCUGUGCCGCACCCUACUGUGUCACAGCCUCCUGUGUCACAGCCUCCUGUGCCGCACCCUACUGUGUCACAGCCUCCUGUGUCACAGCCUCCUGUGCCGCACCCUACUGUGUCACAGCCUCCUGUGCCGCACCCUACUGUGUCACAGCCUGCUGUGUCACAGCCUCCUGUGCCGCACCCUACUGUGUCACAGCCUGCUGUGUCACAGCCUCCUGUGCCGCACCCUACUGUGUCACAGCCUGCUGUGUCACAGCCUCCUGUGCCGCACCCUACUGUGUCACAGCCAAACCACCACAAAACAGAUUGA